AUGCCGCCUUCGCGUCUUUCUCGCCUCCCGCGGUGGAUCAGCCACUGGCUAGGCUAUCGUGGCGAGGCUCCAAAGCCACUCCCAACGUGGCAGGUAGCCGCAUGGUCCUUCAUUACAGCGUUUUGUGGCCUCUCAGUGGUCCAGGCAAUCUUUAACUAUUCAUCUUACUUUACUACACGCCAUGUGCCGGGCAUCAUCGCUUCAUACGGAGCGUCUGCAGUUCUAUGUUUCGGAGCAAUUGAAAGCCCGCUCGCCCAACCUCGCGCUUUGAUAUUCGGGCAUUUCUUCAGCGCGUUGGUUGGUAUAUGUGUGACGAAGCUAUUCAGUCUGAUGCCUGAUCAGGCUCGAUUUGAAUCGCUACGCUGGCUGGCAGCCUCACUAUCGACUGCUAUCGCCAUCGUGGUCAUGCAACUUACCGGGACUACGCACCCCCCAGCUGGAGCGACCGCUUUGCUACCAGCUACAAAUGAUGAAGUCUGGGAGCUUUCGUGGUACUACCUCCCCGUAGUUCUGCUUUCAUCCACGAUGCUUGUGUGCUGUGCUCUGCUUCUGAAUAAUGUCAGUCGACGAUACCCAGUUUUUUGGAUUGCGCCUCCUGUGCCACCCAAGCUAGCACCUGAACCCGCCCCCACCGCGCCUCUCACGGCGGAGACGUCGUCAGAGAAGCUACCGAAAGAUUCGGUAUAA